AUGGAUCCCCCAGGAAAAUCCACCCCACACGCCCCCAAACUGUCAGCCAAUCAGGCGUCAGCAACGCCGGCCGGCCGACCAAUCAGGAGCCGGAACAGGAGCCCCAGUCGCAGGCCUCGGUCUCCCCCGGGAGCGCGGCCGGAGCCGGCGCGCCCCGCCCCGCCCCGCCCCGGCCCCGCCCCCUGCCCCGCCGCGACUGGCGCUGCCGGCUGCGAGCCCGGUGGCCGGCGGCCGGCCGCUCGGGCCGAGCAUUGUCCUAAGAGCCAAAAAAAGGGAGAAGGGGGCUGGGGGGACAGCCACGUGGCCGCAGGAGGAUUUACAACAUUUUCUUUCGCCAGCUACAAUAUUGCAAAAGAUGUGAAAGAGACAGCACGGCCAGGACCGGAGCGCGAGGGCGCCGGAAGUGUGUCCCCCUACCGGAAAUCUGAUGGGCUCAUGACAUCAUGGCUGGCUGCUGAGCGAUGAAGUGGAUGCCACAAAGAAAUCCGACAUCUCGGGUGGAUUCUGAAAUCAGUUUCCCUCCAGCUGCAGUAACAGGCGUGAAGUCAGGAGAAUUUGAGCUUUGUUUAAAAAAUAAAAAACAAAACUAAAUCUUGCCCUUUAUUAAAUACAAUUUUCUUAAAAACAAGCAAACCUUUUGGACAGCAUCCUAUUUUAAUAGAAACGCUGGGUUUUGUGAAACAAAAGUGGCUAAUAAAUGGGACCUGAAGCUUCAUGUGAG